GUCACGAUGAUGCAAUACUUUCUCGCACAGCUGCUGUCUUUCCUCCAGCUGCUCCCACUUGCUGUAUCCUCUGCUGACCCCCUGCCAGUCCCUGUGCUCUCCACAGACCCCAGUUACGAUGUCUACUACGAAGGGGAACGCGUUGCUUUCAUAUGUGUGGCUCCAACGAAGAACGUAGAUGGAUUUCGGUUCUUCAAUCAAAGUGGGGACCAAGUCUACGCACUUGCUUCCUACUCUCACACAAUUGCCUGGUUCCAGCUCACAGCUGCAAAAGCGUCUGCCAUGGAGUACACAUGCAUGUACUGGGUGAAGGAUGCUGGACGAAAAAUUCCUUCCAAUAGGAGCCUUCCUCUUUCAAUUAAGGUUCAGGGUGCUCCAGUGGCCCCGCUUUUGUCCCUGGAUCCUCAGCAACCAGUCUACAGAUACGGAAACAACGUCAAGCUGCUCUGCACCGUCCCCUUUUCUUCAUACUAUAUAAGAGAAUUCCAGUACUAUGGGGACUUUGGACUUGCAAUCUCCAUCCCAGUUGUGAAACUGCAAAACUACAGCUACAACCUGAAGAUCACAGGAACGGAGGUCUCUGGGUCUUACAGUUGCGCCUACUUUGUGUUUAAGUCUGGACGUGCCGUUCGCUCCGAGAGCAGCCCCUGGGUCAAUGUCUACGUGAAACGUCAGAUAAUCGGCUGGGUUCGAGAGAUCCUUGUUGGUGGCUCGUUCUUUACCAUCAAUGGCCUCAUCUUUUUCUUCUCCCACCGCCUCAAGAAGAAAAGAGAUCUGGAAGAAGGAUUCAGGAUGGACUAGCAAGAUGAAGAACCCUUAAAGGCUUUGCUCUGUUUUGCCAAGGCAAUCAGUUCCGUUGGGCCCUGCCUGAUUCCUCAUUGUCUGCCUCAGUGUCCCCAAGAGACAGAAGCAGUGAACUGGAAGUACUUUGGCUACACCUUUCCUCUGUGCCCAGCCCCAGGCCUUGUGUCUUACCAAUUAAAGCCGGAUGUUUUGUUUA